GUCACGUGUCGUGACGUCACGGCGCGUCCGCCAGCUGAGCGCUCGCCCGGAAGUGAUGCGGCGGAGGCAGAGCCGGCCGGAGCCGCCGAGCAUUACAUGUGGAACCCAGGGAGACUGAAGGAAGCUGUGAAGCUAAUGGAAUGAUUCCCUGUGUAGCUGAAACUACGAGUAGGAUUGUGCUCUGAAAAUCUCGGCAGGGAGGAGGAAGGAAGAACUUACUGCAGGGAAGAGCAGUGCUGGCAGUGCCCAGGCAGGAACUGUUCAGGUGCAGCGCUGGGCUCCUGGUUAGCUGAGUGCUGCUAAUGGCAUGGUGAGAUGUGUUGAAGAGCAGCUGCGAGGGUGUCCAAGGGCAGGGGGACUGCGCUAGGAGCUGGUGUGCAACAUCAUGGGCCAGUGCGUCACCAAGUGCAAGAAUCCUUCUUCCACCCUGGGCAGCAAAAAUGGGGAAAGGGAAUCCGGCAGCAAGUCCCACAAGAGAAGUGCAGUCCACAAAGAUGACCAUGGCUCAGCUUGUGGGAAGGCUUCAGGAGACAUCCUUGUGAAUGGGACAAAGAAAACGGACACUGCUUUAGAGUCCAGUCAGCCCCCGACGUUUUCUGGAGAUACAAAGAAAGACUCUGUUUGCAGCGCAGAAGAAUCUUCGCUUCAAAGGAUCGGGGAGUUGUUUAGGAGGUACAAGGAUGAACGGGAAGAUGCCAUACUGGAAGAAGGGAUGGAACGAUUUUGCAAUGACCUCUGUGUUGAUCCCACUGAAUUUAAAGUACUAGUUUUGGCUUGGAAAUUCCAGGCUGCUACCAUGUGCAAAUUUACAAGGAAGGAGUUUUUUGAAGGCUGCAAAGCAAUAAACGCAGACAGCAUUGAUGGCAUUUGUGCAAGGUUCCCCAGCCUCCUAAACGAAGCCAAGCAGGAAGAUAAAUUCAAGGAUCUCUACCGUUUCACCUUCCAGUUUGGCCUGGACUCUGAGGAAGGACAGAGGUCGCUACAUCGGGAAAUAGCCAUUGCCCUUUGGAAAUUAGUCUUCACCCAAAACAAGCCCCCUAUUUUGGACCAGUGGUUACACUUCCUCAUCAAGAACCCCUCAGGAAUCAAGGGAAUCUCCCGGGACACGUGGAACAUGUUUCUAAAUUUUACUCAGGUGAUUGGACCGGACCUUAGCAAUUACAGCGAGGACGAGGCCUGGCCGAGUCUCUUCGAUACCUUUGUGGAGUGGGAAAUGGAGCGAAGGAAAAAGGAAGAGGAAACCAAAUGUGUUACAUCUUUGGACACAGAGGGCCUGUGUGAGGAACAGACUUAGCGGUGUCCAAGCAGCAGUGACGAAAGCAACUUGUUGCCCUUCACAAAAUGUAAACUCUGGAUGUUUCUGGAAAUUACCGAGGCUCCAGAUUUUUCUACUUUACACCUUUUUCUGCCUUGUCUUUGAAAGGGCUCUAAAAUGCUGUAUCAUUUUUAGGCACUUUCUUAAUUUUGGUUAUUCCUUUUACUCUUGCCCUGAAAUAUUUGACCCUGGCUACAAGUUAAGCGUUUUUGGGGGUUGUUUUUUUUUAAGACUUCAGAUUAGUAUAAGUAAGUCUGAUAUUUCUUGCACAAUGUAGAUCUUUUUAGUUAGGUUAAAUUAACAUUGCUAAGUUAUACAGUGCCAGAUUAAGUUUUUCAUACUACAUCUGUCAGGGCAGGUCUGUACUGUGUGUAGUGCUGUUUACAUUGUUGAAAUUUUAGGCUAUAAUAAUUUUAAGGUUUUGUACCAAGAUGAACAGCAGUGUUAACUAUAAAUGCAUUAAUCCCAGGUAAUAAGGCUCUAAAAACCAACAUAAGCAACAGCUUUUUGUAAUAUGGCUAAUUCUCAUUUUGAGCUAACUCUUAGUGAAUGAGUCCAGAUCAUUCCUUUUUUUUGGACUUUCAAACUAAAUGUUGGGAUUGUUUUAUAAAAUUACUGUACCUGUCAGUCAACUGAGUGGUAGAUGAUGAUUUGUAUCUAAAUCUCUUUACACGUUCAUGUAAUAAAAGAGCAGUACUACCUCAGUUUUAUUGAAAGUGGACUUGUUGAUGGACUUCCAUUUUCUCUGGAAGUUGUAUUUUUGUGGUUACAUGAGAAUAUUUUUACUUGACUAAAAGAACCAAAGGUUCUGCUUCUUACGUUUGCUAAACAUUGACAGAAGCAACACACAAAUCCUAAGUCUUCAAGGAAAACUGUGGUAUAAUUCUGCUUUAAUUUGUUUGAUUUAUACCUAAAGUAUUACCUUACUUGUCUGGCAAGCACAGUACUUCUAUGUAAGGAACUAUCUUUUGCAUUAAUAUUGACGAACCAAUUUUUUAAAACCUAUGUUUAAUUGCUAAAUUGCAGUUAAUACUCCACACUUUCUGGAGAAACAAUAUCGGCAUCUGAUGACAAAGUGAAUUCUUAAUGUGUUCUUAAUGACAACAGUGUAGAUGAGUCAUUUUUAGACUGAUUUGAUAAUAUUUGGAUAGGAGUCAAUUUAUUAUUUUACAAUGCCUGUAUUGGGACUAUUUGCCUGUUGAAAUUGUUGUGACUUAAAGGGAGUUUUAUUAACACUGGUUGAAACUUUUUUGGUUAUUGAUGCUACCUUUUUCAAUUUUAGUAUGUCAACUUUUUUACACCUUUUGGUAAAAGGAAUGAUUGCCAAGGCUUUCUCUAUAGCCAAAUGCUGGCUUAGUUAAUUUGAUAAACUUCCGUUACACACCUUUUAUUUUCAGAGCUGCAUUUCAGGAUCAUAAAAUGACUUCAUCUGAAAAAACCAAACCAAAAAAAAAAAAAAAAAGCCUGGACAUUCAUCCAUAGCAUCCAAUGGCUUUUGUGCUAUUAUAAGGGUUUUAAAGCUGAAGGGAAACAGGUUUUAACUGGUGAGCUUGUCACCAGAUGCAGGAUGUCGUGCUUUGCACAUGUGCUGUGCCCCAGAGGGGUUAACAGAGAGAGGAGCAGGAUCUGCCCCAAUUCUGGGACUGGCUUUGCUGGUGUGCAGCCUCUGCAAUAGCUUGGCUCUGAGGUCAUAAAUCACUAACAAAAUGUGGGUAAUGGAAACUGUUUAAAAACAAACCCACAAGCCACAGAUAGCAUCUCUUUCAUCUAAUUAAAGGAGAGUUUGGUCCAUGCUGCUCUUGCUGGGAGACAAGCUGUGGAAAACAAAUGUGUUUGUUUUAGAUGCAGCUGAGUCUGUCCCUUGGCAGGAGCAGAGCCCUGAAGUUGCUGUUUCAUGGGUAAAUGUGCCCAAAGCUUUGUCCUUGCUACUCUAACUUUCCAACCUACUGUGGCACGAGCACUGUUUGGCAGCAAAACCUGAUUCUGGUUUGGUGAGCAAAGCAGGCCAAAGCACUUGUGCUGGUGUUGAAUUUAUGGCAAGACUUUUGUUGGUGCUGUUACUUUUUAAAAACUAAAAUAAAUUCCCCAACAGAGGCUGCUUUGUUAGGAAAAGUUCCAAAUGAAGACUGUAUUUCUAAGUUUGAGACGCUUCAUUCAUUCAGCUAUUAAAUGCUUUGUUCAUCACUUAAGUUUUUUUUUUUCCUAAAGGAAAAUUAAAAUGUCCAGAGUGUGAA